GCGUGCGAUAUGUUUGGCACAGACGUUUGGAGAAUCAAAUGGAGUUCGUGGUUCAUCUUAGUUAUUGUACCGAUCAUUUGGUACUGCAUAUGGCUUCGUUCACGAUUUGUAAGGCUCGUGAACGCGCUUCCGGGGCCUAAACAGUUUCCGUUGCUGGGCAACCUACUCGAGCUGAGCGUCGAUUAUGAUGAAUUUCUGAGGAUUUUAACAAGUGAUUGGGUAAAGAAAUACGGAAGCAUUUACCGUGCAUGGCUCACUGUCCAUCCAGUGAUUUUCAUUGCCUCACCGGAGUUACUGGAACCAAUCUUAGGAAGCCAUUUGCUUAUUUCUAAACCAAAGGAAUAUCAAUUGUUGAAGGCAUUUAUUGGUAACAGCCUUGCCCUAAUAACAGGUGACCGAUGGAAAAAUCGCCGUCGUAUGCUAACUCCGGCAUUCCACAUUCAACAUGUCAACAAUUUCGUGAACAUUUUCAACGAAAAGAGUGUAGACACCGCUCGCCAAAUGGAACGCGUCCUCAAUGUCCUUGAUGAUGAAUUGGACGUUUUUCCCAUCAUGACGCAAUGCGCCUUGGAUAUUCUUUGUGAAAGUUCCAUUGGUCGCAAGACAAGAAGCCAAGAAGAAAAGGAUAUUUAUUUCCAAAACCUUCAUAAAGUUCAACUGGUUUUCAUGAAGCGCAUAGUAAAGCCAUGGCUUGGAAUCGAUUGGCUUUUCCAGUUAACUAAUCUUGGUCGUUUAAAUAAAGCUUAUGUUUCUGCUACUCGUUCGUUCACUGAUUUGGUCAUUCGAGAUCGCCGUGAAUGGCGUAUGGAGCAAAUGAAAAAAUAUCCGAAACAAGGUACAACAAAAGAAACACCAGACGACAGCGUGAAUCACGAAGAAGAUCUUUAUCAAUCAAGUUUAACUAUAAUAAUAAGAGAGAGGUCUGCCUUUCUAGACAUUCUUCUCAAAGCAUCGGAAGAUGGAGAAAUGAUUAGCGAAGAUGACAUCAAAGAUGAAGUCAAUUUAUUUAUGGUGGCGGGCCACGAAACGACAGCAAUUACUUUAUCGAUGUGCCUCUACCUAAUCGCCAAACAUCCCGAACAACAGAAAUUGGUAAUGGAAGAACUGACACAAGUGUUUGGUGAAUCAACUCGCCCGUGUUCGAUUCACGACUUGGGCCAGCUCAGGUAUUUAGAAUGCUGCUUAAAAGAAACCUUAAGGCUAUACACACCUGUACCAUUCAUUAUGAGAUACUUGACAGAGGAUGUCCAGACAGGUGACUAUACAUUACCUAAAGGCGCUACGGUUGCGCUAAUGCUUUACAGCAUGCAUCGCAAUCCUCUUUUCUAUCCGGAUCCGGAAUGUUUUAAACCGGAGCGGUUCUUUCCGGAGAACAGAAUCGCUCGACAUCAGUACGCAUUCAUUCCGUUUAGCGCUGGCCCUCGGAAUUGUAUCGGUCAGAAGUUCGCUAUGCUUAAAUUGAAAGUUUGUCUGGCCAACUGGAUCCGACGAUUUCAUUUUAGCGUCAAGGAUCCAUCGGCUCCGCUUUUCGUUCCGUCUGUCGAGGUGACGCUAAAACCUAAACAUGGCGUUCACCUUGUGAUUAAGAAACGAUCUGCCAGCAGGUGA